UAUCCUUUCCUUCCUCCAUGCUGUAUAUAAUAGUACUUGGAAAUUGGAAAUAUCCAGAGAAAACAGGCCGGUGACUAAUUCGUUAUCCCUCCACCGCGUCAAAAAUUCCGGCGACUAUCCGAUCUCUACCCAACCAUCUCUAUGGCCAAAAUCAGGAAUCUAUCGGCGAUGACCAGUAUAGAAUGAGGAGGAGAAUCGUCAAAGUUCAAUCAUCAUGCCAGUCUCCUGCCCUGACAUCUUCUCCGAUCUGCUCUGCGGAGAGGAUUCCGGUAGCGUCUUCUCUGGAGGCGUUGGAGAGUCGCCGGAGUACUCAUCAUCGGAUCUUACAGAAUCUCCUCUUGCCGAUCCCGAUCUCGACGAAUCCAUCGCCGGUCUAAUUAACGACGAGCGAAAUUUCGUCCCUGGAAUUGACUACGCCGAGCGAUUACAUUCUCAAUCAAUUGACGCCGCCGCCAGAGGCGACUCCGUCAAUUGGAUUCUGAAGGUGCAGCAACGCUACGGUUUCCAGCCACUGACGGCGUACCUUGCCGUCAAUUACUUUGAUCGUUUCAUCUACGCUCGCCGCCUACCUGUAAAUUAAUAUCUCUCAUUCGUUUUCGUUUUUAAUUUCACUUCGAAAAAGGAAGACGAUGACUUAAAAAAGGGAUAAUACGGAGGAGUAUUUAUAAAAUUUAUCUUUAGACUUUUUUUUGUUCAUUUCAAAAUUAAUUUUCAUCUUGUUUACAUUUUUUAGGCAUACAAUUUUCAUCAUUUAAUUACGGGGUAUUUUCCCCUCAUAGUGAUCUUUUAUUUAGAAAGAGAGUAAUGGGUAAAGGUAAAAGAGACUCUCUUUAAAAAUUAUCUUUUUGUUGCGAAUAAUUAAUUUUCAAAUAA